AUGCCUGCAGGUAAAAUCUUGGUGAACGUUUCUCAGGGCAUCGCAACGAUAACCUUGAAUGAACCUCGCCAUCUGAAUGCGCUAACACUAGAAGACUAUGACGCAUUUGCCAACUCUUUACGGGCCAUCGAUAAAAGAGAAGAUGUGGUAGCAACUGUAUGGCAAGCAAAUGGGAAGUGGUUCUGUGCUGGCUCGGACCUGACGCAAACGGUGGCAACGACAGGCAGGAGCCGUGACGUUCCGAACACUCUGACUCAAUACUCGAUGAGGGAUUACCUCGUCCAUGAGGUAGUGGCUGCUAACACGGAUUGUACACACGCCAUCUAUAGUCACAGCAAAAUUCUUGUUGCAGCACUGAAUGGGCCGGUGAUAGCUUUCCUUGGUAACUUUGAUUUCAUAUAUGCCGUGCCAGAGGCCUGGUUGAAUGUUGGAAUGUCAUUGCUGGGCAUUGCAACGGAAGGAGGGGCCAGUGUUUCAUUUGUCAACCGCAUGGGAAUCGCCAAGGCAAACGAGGUUCUUAUUCUUAACAAGAAGAUUAGUGCAUCAGAGAUGCUUGAAUGCGGAUUUGUCAACAAGAUUUUUCCAUCGAAAUCAACAGAAGAAUUCCACUCUGCGGUUCACCAACACCUCAAGAAGGAACUCGAUGGUUUAGUUCCCGCCUCUAUCUUCGCCAUCAAAACCCUCAUCAAAGCUGGUUUGAACGAGAAAAAUGACUUCCACGCCGUGAAUCUGCGAGAAAGUUAUGCUCAAGCGGAGAGAUUUAGUAGUGGAAUACCUGCUGAGCGCUUCAGCAAGAUUGCCAAAAAAGAAAUCAAGCAUAAAUUGUGA